UUGAGCUUCCAGAGAAAGUGCCUCAUUUUACAUGAUGGAUGGUGGUUCUGUUGUGCUCCACGUGAGAGAAUUGUUUUUAUGAAGCUUGGUUAAAUAUCACUUUGACGUGUAUUUGUUAAGUUAAAGAAAGGUAGAAAGAGUUCUCUAGAGUUGUUAGAAAUGCAUCUGUACAUGCUUUUUGAGCAUGCCUCGGGUUAUGCCCUGUUCGUUGCUCAAGAAUUUGAAGAAGUGGCUAUGCAACAAUAUCUUGUUGAACAAGGAGUAACAGAGUUUGGUAAAUUUGCUGGGUUGGUGAAGCUUCAUGCAUUCUCACCUUUCAAGUCGGGAACAAACGCAUUAGACAAUAUGAACAAUAUUUCAGAAGGUGUAAUACAUGAAGAUCUUCACCUGUUCCUGGAGACUAAUCUACCAGAGUCACCAAAGAAAAAGAAGAAGGUAAUAUUGGGUGUCGGUGACGUUAAGAUCGGAUCAGCUAUCCAAGAAGCUCUCAGCGUCUCGUGUCAGUCUACAGGAGUGGUUCCUGAAAUUUUAAGAGGUAUUCGGUUGCAUUUCCAUGCCCUAAUCAAAGGCCUUACGCUUGAGGUCGAAGGAAAAGCUCAACUCGGUUUGGGUCACAGCUAUUCAAGGGCAAAAGUAAAGUUCAAUGUAAACAGGGUGGAUAACAUGAUUAUUCAAUCAAUAAGUCUUCUGGACCAACUAGACAAAGACAUCAACACAUUUUGUAUGCGUAUAAGAGAAUGGUAUGGGUACCAUUUUCCAGAGUUAAUCAAAAUUGUUACGGACAAUGUGACAUAUGCUAAAGUCACAAAGUUUAUCAAGAGUCGCCAAGACCUGACUGCUGACUGUCUAGAGGGUCUUGAAGAAAUUACGAUGGAUUCAGCAAAAGCUCAGGCUAUCUAUGAUGCAAGUAAAUCAUCCAUGGGAAUGGACAUAUCACCAAUUGACCUGAUCAACAUUGAGAAUUUCUCUACUCGUGUCAUAGCAUUGGCCGACUACAGGAAGAGUUUACAUACAUACUUGCAAGACAAGAUGCAGAAUGUGGCGCCAAAUCUAGCAGCGCUCAUUGGAGAUCAGGUUGGUGCACGUCUGAUCUCACAUGCUGGUAGUCUGACUAACUUGGCUAAGUAUCCAGCAUCUACCGUCCAGAUCUUGGGAGCAGAAAAGGCACUUUUCAGGGCAUUAAAAACUAGAGGUAACACACCCAAGUAUGGUCUAAUCUUUCAUUCCACUUUCAUUGGACGAGCUGGUGCUAAGAACAAGGGAAGAAUUUCACGUUAUCUUGCAAACAAGUGCUCAAUAGCAUCAAGAAUUGACUGCUUCUCAGAGAUGCCGUCUUCUGUUUUUGGCGAGAAGCUACGAGGCCAAGUGGAAGAACGCUUGUCUUUUUAUGAAACCGGCGAAGCACCAAGAAAAAAUGUUGAUGUCAUGAAGGAAGCUGUCGUUGAGGCGAAAGAGCAGGAAGCCAUCUUGAAGAAGAAACGGAAGAAGGAAAAGAAGAAGAAACGCAAACUUGAAGAAUCGCAGGCCGAGGAAAGCCGAGUAGAUACUACAAUGGAAGAAGAGCCAGAAGAGACACCUAAGAAGAAGAAAAAGAAGGCAGUACAAGUAAAGGUGGAGGAAGAAGUGCUGACCAAUGGAACAUCCGAGAAGAAGAAAAAGAAGAAAAAGUCCAAAGUUGCAGAUGUCAGCAUGGAAGAAGAAGAACCUGUUUCAGAGAAGAAGGAAAAGAAGAAAAAGAAGAAAGUUUCAAUUUAAAAAUGAGUUCAUGCCCAUAUUUGUAUUUUUUAUCAUGGAAGCUGUUUUCACACUGUUUCAAAUAAAAUUGAAACAUGUUUACUCUUAUGGGGUUUCCCCAUUACAGUAGUUGUUUGGGUCCACACCCUUGUCACCAUUUAACACUAGGUAUUAAUUUACCAAUUUGUAUAAAGACCAUAUAUAGGCAUUCAAAUGCUUGGUCAAGAACACAGCCCUCUGUGAAUUGUACCAAGAAUAGGCCUUGAUAGUGGACUACCUUAAUAUUAUAUUACUUUUUAAAAUAAUAUUUGAAAGCAGCAUAAAACAUUUAAUAAAUUAUGUUAGCAGAUUACUGCAUGAUGAAGUGGUAAUAAUACAAUCACUGUUGUUUUGAUAUUUCAUAGAUUUGCUCAAAUCAUCUUCAGGCGUAGAUGAUUUUAGAUGUAAAUAAUAUUGGUAAUGUAGAACUGGAGACGAAGUGGUAUUAAAUUUUCUUGCUUGUCUGAGAUAACUAAGAUCAUUGCAGCAUUUUAUUGAUGAAACAGUUACUGUACCCACUAAUUGUAACACUUCAAUUGAUUCUAUCCUAUUUUACAACAGUUAUGAUUUAUAACAUGCAUAUCAUUGCAUGCUCUUUUGUAUAAACACAAAUUUGAUUUAAACUACAGAAUCCAAUAAUGGGUGUCAUUUAGUUUCACUAAAUCAUGUUGCUUAUAAAUGAAUGUUUAAAAUAUACCGCCAUUUAUCAGUAAUAUAUCCAAUAGUGUAUAUAAUCUGUAUUAAUUUCAAGGACAUCCCAUUUAGCUAGCAGAAUUACAACUGGAAGGUAUUUCAGUAAAGAGAUCCCUGUGAAUUUAUAUCACUGAUCUGUCAGUGUCAUUUAUUCACAAGCUCCACCCCUUGGCAACAGUUAACCAAUCAGAAUAAUUUAAUCAAGCUGUGGAUGUAAUUGUCUGUAUUGCUCAGCCCACGCCAUGGUUGGUUGAGCACCAGGCCAUGCAUAGAGGGAAUUGAUAGCAAUGGUGAUAAAUUGACUGCGAGCUUUCUAUGUAAAGAGGAAUAAUGUGGAAGAUUGUCUGUGUGGUGGAAUUUUAAACACUAAUUGAACAGAAUUGUGUUUGGUUCAUAAGAAUAGGGUAAACACCACCAAUCUUUUGAUCUAUAAAAGCCAAUUUGGUGACCUCUGAUUACACUAGAAGUAUUGAAGGAAGUACAGUAUGGUAAAUCCCUACUUGAGUACUGUAUUCCAGGAAUUCUAACACAUAGCAUUGUUUGUUCAAUAUGUUACAUACUGACUUAACAUUUAUUGUUUGCCUGUAACAUUUUAGAUUUGUCAUUGCUACAUUCAACCUUGUAUAUAAUCAUGGUUACCAUCCACAAGUAAAGUCACUUUCAGGAAAUUGUAUUCUGUCAAAACAAAUGGAUAAUUUUGCUGGAAGUAAAUAAACCAUAAUUAGAAUCAACUUGCUUUGACUUUUUGUUCGUUACCACAAAUUUUUCAAUGCAGGGAUGGUGCCAGCGGGUGGGCUGACUGGGCCUGGGUGGGCCCACUGGGCCUGGGUGGGCCCAUCAGGGAGGGAGCCUGACACAGCAGUCAGAGCGCCAAGUAAAAUUAGUGGGCCUGAAGUGGAUGUGAACUGGGGCCCAUCUGUCUGGGAACAAUAGACCACCUGUCUGGAAAGGAAGCUGAUGCCACCCUUAUUCAAUAUUGUUUGUCAUUAUAGUAUUGUAUGUUGCUUCACUAUGGAGUUUAUAUGAAAAUUUGUAUUAUCAAUUUGACUAAUGCAAGUUAAGAAUGAUUUUUAUUUUUCUUUAACAAUUUUAAUAAUAAUUAUAAUUUUGGACAAGCAUUAAAAUGUUGAGGAAAACUUAUCCAAGUAGAUUAGUUAGCCAAUUGUGCUUUUACCUUUAAUAAAACAUUUUCAAAUGUAAA